UUGCGUGCUGAAGUCGUAAGCCAGCACAUACAGAACCGCCAGCCAACCGCUGCCGCACCAGAGCCUGAAUCUAUUAGCCCCGAGUUCCUUGACGCUCUUCCCCCAGAGAUUCGUGAUGAGGUUCUGCGCCAGGAGUUGAUAGAACGACAAAGACGAACCCGCCAACAACAUCAGGAAACGACAGCUACUGCAGAUGCGCCCGAACCGGUUAUUACCGAUUCGGAUCUCGACCGACGCAGCUUGUUCCAACGCCACCUUGCUAGACGUGCUGGUAGGUUUACCGAACUUGGUGAUACCAACAGCAGUAUUUUUGCGCCAUCUCAAAAAAAGCCUGCGGUUCACCGGGAUGCAGUUCAACUGGUCGAUCGUGCCCAGCUGGCUACAUUGGCCCGACUAUUGUUCUUGCCCCAGACAAUUUCCAAAGCUCUCUUGAACCGGCUUUUGUUAAACUUGUGUGAGAACAGUAAGUCCAGAAGUGAUCUUUUGUCUCUGUUGGUAUGUGUGCUUCACGAUGGAAGCAAUGAUCUUUCGGCUGUCGAUCGCAGCUUUGCCCAGCUCUCGGUCCAGAAAAACACAGCUAAGCCAGCCUCAAAGCCCAAGACCAUAGUACCACUUCCAAUUGAAAGUGAGACCGUUCCAGAUCUUAUUACUCAGCGAUGUCUUGAAGUGUUAAUGCAUGUCGUGUCAUACAAUGACCAAUCCUUGACUUACUUUUUGACCGAGAACGACUGUCUGGCCGGCCUAAAGCGUACUAACAGCAAAAAGGGUAAAGGAAAGGAGAAGGCCUCUACAGCUGCCCCUGUAUCGAGCAAGUAUCCACUUCUGGUUCUUAUGAGUUUGCUUGACCGCCCUGUGUUUAUUAAGAACACUAAUCUUAUGGAACAAUUGAUGCAUUUACUCGGAACCAUGUGCCGUCCUUUCCCUGUUCUUGUCAAGAAAUAUGUUGAAAAGGUGGAAAACAAACAACUCCAGAACCAAAAGAACCAGACCGGUGGAAACGAUGCUGCCGAAGAGAAUGAGAGAGCUAUUCCAAAACCCCCGACCAUUCCCGACAAUUAUCUCAAGUUAGUUGUUCACGUAUUGACUAAUGGAGACUGUUCGGGAAAGACUUUCCAAUAUACACUUGGUGCAAUUUCCCAUCUUUCCAAGCUUGAUGGAGCCCUCCGCACAAUCACCAACGAGUUAAUAUACGAUGCUAAACAGUCCGGAAAGCAGGUCUUGAAGGACCUUGUCGAAUUACUAGAUAUUCUUGAGCAUGCAAUGCCUGGUACUGAAAUACAAGGAUCAACUCUGUCUCAUUUCUCGGCCACAUCUGCGGAUCAAGCCAAACUUUUGCGUGUAUUGAAGACCAUUGAUUAUAUGUACUCACCAAAGUCACCGACCCAAUCCACUGAUAACAAGAACCAAAAGCAAGCUGACAGUGAAGAGGCGCUCAAAAAUGAAAAACGUGUUCUUCAGAUCUAUGAAGAACUUGACUUUUUACCACUUUGGAAGAUGCUAGGACGCUGCUUGUCCGUAAUUCAUGAAAAGGAAGAUCUUAUCAGUGUUGCAACAGUCUUAUUGCCUUUGAUAGAAUCUUUCUUGGUUGUUUCGAAACAUGCUGCUGAAAAGGGUCAGGUGCAACAGACAAACUCUUUAGGAACAAACACUACAAUUGUCAACCCUGACUCAGAGUCUCCCGAUGAUUUCUUUUUCUCGUUCACUGAAGACCACAAGAAGAUUCUUAACAUUAUGGUGCGCAACAACCCCUCCUUGAUGAGUGGCUCAUUCUCUCUCUUGGUUCGUAACCCGAAGAUGCUUGAAUUUGACAAUAAGCGCAACUACUUUUCCCAGCGUCUGCAUAAACGUACUGCUCCUCGCGAGCAUUAUCCUGCACUUCAACUCAAUGUCCGUCGCCAAUACGUAUUUGAAGAUUCCUAUCAUCAAUUGCAAGGCCGCACCGGUGAAGAAAUCAAACAUGGCAAGCUUAAUGUGCGAUUCUAUGACGAAGAGGGUGUUGAUGCUGGUGGUGUCACUAGAGAAUGGUUCUCAGUCCUUGCCCGACAGAUGUUUGAUCCCAACUACGCAUUGUUUAUCACCUCUGCUGCAGACAAGUUGACCUAUCAACCUAAUCGUGCUUCAUGGGUCAAUCCAGACCACUUGAGCUUCUUCAAGUUUGUUGGUCGAUUGAUCGGUAAAGCCAUAUACGACGGUCGCCUCCUGGAUGCAUACUUUACUCGUUCGUUCUACAAACAUAUCCUUGGCCGCCAGGUGGAUUACCGCGAUGUGGAGGCAAUUGACCCAAGCUACUACAAGAGUCUGGUCUGGAUGUUGGAAAACAACAUUACUGAUGUUGUCGAUUUAACAUUUAGUAUCGAUACAGACGACUUUGGUACUGCCAAAACAAUUGAUCUCAAACCCAAUGGUCGUGAUAUUCCUGUGACUGAACAGAACAAGCACGAAUAUGUAUAUUUGGUUACUGAACAGAAGUUGACUACUGCUAUUAAAGACCAGAUCAAUGCAUUCCUUCAGGGUUUCCAUGAUAUAAUUCCAGCCUCGCUUAUUCAGAUUUUCAACGAACAAGAACUUGAGUUGCUAAUUUCUGGCUUGCCUGACAUUGAUAUCGAUGAUUGGAGAAACAAUACCGAUUACGAGACAUACAACGUGUCUUCUAUUCAAAUCCAGUGGUUCUGGCGUGCAGUUCGCAGCUUUGAUCAGGAAGAAAGAGCAAAGUUGCUCCAGUUUGCUACUGGUACUUCCAAGGUACCGCUCAAGGGAUUUGCUCAUUUGCAAGGAUCUAGUGGACUUCAGAAGUUCCAAAUUCAUAAAGACUUUGGUGGUGAGAAUCGUCUUCCAUCGGCGCACACAUGCUUUAACCAAAUAGAUUUGCCAAUGUAUACUUCAUACGAAAGUCUGCGAGCCAACCUCUUUAAGGCUAUCAAUGAAUGCUCUACAGGAUUUGGAUUUGUAUAG